AUGGCAUCAUCCAGCGAGACCUCUACUUCCCCCUCCGGACAAGGCGAUUUUAUUCUGAUCAAAGGAGCGACUAUUAUCACUGUCAACUCUGAGGAGGAUAUUCUCGAAAACUGCGAUAUUCUCGUCCAAGGAGACCGCAUCGCCGCCUUGGGCAAGAAUCUCCCUCAGCCGGAGGGAUUAACCGGGGAAGUCAUCGAUGGUAUGGACUCGAUUGUUAUCCCAGGCUUUGUCGAUGGUCACCAUCACAUGUGGCAGCAGAUGCUCCGUGGCGUUGCUACUGACUGGUCAUUGCUCGACUACAUGAUCAGCAUGCGGAGUGUGUACGGCAGCCUCUUCACGCCCGAAGAUGUGUACUUGUCAACCUACAUCGGUGCGCUGAGCCUGCUCAAUAACGGCAUCACUUCUGUGCUGGACCAUUGCCACAUCAUCAAUUCUCCAGAUCACGCCGAUGCGGCUGUAAAAGCGCUCAAGGACGCCGGUAUCCGUGGGACAUUUUGUUACGGAUUUUACGCGAACCCCCCUAGUGAUGAUUCUGGAGCUUCUGCAGCAGCAGCGUUCACGCACUCGGAGCGACUCGCCGACGCCGCGAGAAUUCGGGAGAAAUACUUUGGGGACAAUCAUCCGGGGCGUCAGCUUCUGACAUUUGGCGUUGCGCCUAACGAGGUGGAAGUGCAGGAGUUUGACGACACAGCCCGCGAGAUUGCCGAAGCCCGCGGUCUCGGGGCUCGCAUCGUCACUAUGCAUGUCGCCCACGGCCCCAUGGAUCUCUUACACAAGCAGACUGUGCAGAAGCUUGCAGACGCAGGCGAACUGAAGUCUGACCUCGUCUUCGCUCACGGGGCUUCUCUCACCGACAAUGAGAUAGGCGAAAUUAAAACUUCAGGAGCGGGCGUUGUGAGCACCCCCGACACUGAACUUCAGAUGGGCAUGGGGUUCCCUGUUGCCUUCAGAGCUCGCGACGGAGGGUGCCGAGCGGGUUUGGGUAUCGACAUCACGUCAAAUCAGGGAAACGACUUUAUCGCACAGAUGAGACUCGCUUUGCAGACACAGCGUGCUGUGGAGAAUGAGAAGCGCGUACCAGUCACUGUGUCGCGCAAAACCUCGGAGGUUUUACGAAUGGCGACCAUUGGUGGAGCCGAAGUGAUGAGGAUUGACGACCUGGUUGGCCAUCUUGCUGUUGGGAUGAAAGCAGAUGUGGUCAUGAUUAAGUGCAACGACAUUGAAAGCAGCCCCGUCGCGAGUGCUACCGGGGCUGUGGUCUUCAAUGCUUCUGUGGGGCAUAUCGAUACUGUCAUUGUGAAUGGUCAAGUGAAGAAGCGGAAUGGGAAGCUUGUGGCAGAUUGGGAACCAUUGAGGGAUCAAAUGCGCCAUCGUGCGGCAGCCAUCAAGACGGAGGCAGCGGGGCAUGACUUGGAGGCCGCACGGGAGCGUUGGAUGAGCGCUGUCAAGUUGUGA